UUGGAGAUAGCAACAAGUAACACACGUAAAAUAUAAUAAGUACUGCUGAAACUAGAAUUAUAUAAGUGGGACUUUGAUAUAAGGAAUGGCUAGUAUUACGUUCAAGAAUCGGCCCACCCAGGUGCUGCACACCUAUCAGGUGUGGCGAUUUGGCAGCAAUGUGAACGACAAGAGCUUGGACUACUGCCAUCCCGAUAAGUCGGUGGACAAGUUCCAUGCCAGCUUGACCCGCGGCGAGAAGGGACUGUUCCUGGUCAACGAGAGUCGUCACGGAAGCGUCUCCGUGAAUGGAGAACGGGUUGGAGGUCCAGUACUGAUCACCUAUCGAGAUGCCAUCAAUGGCAUUGUGAAGCUGCGAUUUGGCCGUGUCGAGGGAUAUCUCCGCGUAUCGGGAAGCAUUACUGGAUAGAUCAGUUUUUUAAAUCGUUUGUUUCUAUUUGUACCGGAAUGUGCAUUAUAAU